AUGCGCUUCAAGGCAUCUAUCCAAAACAUUAAUACCUUUACAAAACUCACCGCAUCGCUCAACUCGCUCGGCCCGCUUGCAUGGGUGAAGCUCAGCGAAGAGCAAGUAUGCUUUACCAUCAUACCAGAGCAGGGCACACAAGUGUGGGCUGUUCUAUCAAUUGACUCCAUUUUCGAAAGUAUCAGCGUUCAGUCGGCGGCGAACAAUGUCAUCAACCUCGAGGUUCCUCUUACGUCGUUGAAUCGCGCACUCAAGUCAGCUUUGAAUGCGACGUCUGCCCAGAUUCGCCUUACCAAGAAGGAUAACAUGCCCAUGCUCGCUCUCACCAUCGUUACAACCACCUCCUCGAACACAUAUAGCGCCUUCCCAACAGCCAGCGCCAACAACGACGAUAGUUUCGAUGCGCCCUUUGACAGUGCAUAUGGCGGCGGCAAUCGUGAGACGAUUGUCACGCAGGAGAUACCUGUGCGAGUGCUGGCACCAGACACGGUUGCGGGCCUGCACGAGCCUCAGUGUCGAGAGCCGGACGUGCACAUUAUAUUGCCACCAUUGAUGCAGUUGAAGAGCAUCAGCGAUCGCUUCACCAAGCUUGCGUUAGGGGAUACCAAAUCUUCUUCAGCAUCGACAGCAACGAGGACACGGCUGGAGGUGGCGGCGAAUAUGCACGGCUGUCUCAAGAUGAGCAUCAAAACGGACGCCAUGAGUAUUGCUUCUGUCUGGACUGAUCUGAGUAAUCCAGAGCUCGACCCAAGUCAAGUAGCAGGAGGUCAAAAUGGCAUCGCUGAUCACCCUAGCACACGUAUGAAACAGCUGGGGACCGCAGAUGGCCGCAGCGAUCAAGGAUGGGCGUCGGUGAGGAUAGAUGGCCGUGACUGGGGAAAGGUCAUGAGCGUGGGCAGGCUUGGUGGCCGGGUUAUUGCAUGUUUCUGCCACGAGCAUGCUCUCAUUCUCUACGUCUAUUUACCAACAGAUAACGGCGAGGAUGAAUCUGUGUUGACUUAUUAUGUCAGUUCUUAUAGUGCAUAGUUGGCAAUACAACAUGCCUUUAUGAACCACAAUCUAGAUGCCAUAGUCACGAGAUCAUGUAAACAAUGUCAAAAAGCAAUGCAAACAACUUGCCCAACUGACAGAGGACUCAGUACGGUGGUACUGACAAAUGAUUCGUCGGAUAUAAGAAUGUUGAAGCGAGUCUCUAGCC